UUCAGAAUUCUCCACUUUACCAGUACUUACAGGAUCUGGGACACACAGAUUUUGAAAUAUGCUCUUCUCUGUCACCAAAACCAGAAAAAUGCACAGCAACAGAAGAACAACAGAAGCCUCCUCCAAAAUCUUUGCCCAAAAAAGCCUGUUAAAAGUGGCUGAAACCAUCAAAAGCUGGAUUGUUUCUCAGUGCAACCAGAAAGAUGACUUACUGCGCAAACUGGACACUGGAUUCCGACUCGACUUGCUACAUACCAUUCUGCAGCAGGAAGUCCUGUUACAAGAGGAUGUGGAGCUGAUUGAGCUGCUUGAUCCCAGCAUCCUGUCUAUAGGGCAAACACAGCAAGAAAAUGGACACCUGCCAACUCUCCGCUGCCUUGCAACCCCUAACAUUUGGGAUGUCUCAAUGCUAUUUGCCUUCAUUGGUCUACUCAUUAUGCUUCCCACAUGGUGGAUUGUGUCUUCUUGGCUGGUAUGGGGAUUGAUUCUUUUUAUUUAUCUGAUCAUAAGAGCUCUAAGAUUAUGGAGGACCGCCAAACUACAAAUGACCCUCAAAAAAUACAGUGCCCAUUUCGAAGAGACAGCUGCAGAUAGCCGAGCUUUUACUAACCUUGUGAGAAAAGCUUUACGUCUCAUUCAAGAAACUGAAGUUAUUUCCAGGGGAUUUAUACUGGUCAGUGCUGCUUGCCCAUUUAAUAAAGCGGGACAGCACCCUAGCCACCAUCUCUUGGGUCUUCGGAAAGCUGUCUACAGGACUGUGAAAGCCAACUUUCAAGCAGCAAGGCUAGCUACUCUCUACAUGCUGAAAACCUACCCCCUGAACUCUGAGAGUGACAAUGUAACCAACUACAUCUGUGUGGUGCCUUUUAAGGAGCUGGGCCUUGGCCUUAGUGAAGAGCAGAUAUCAGAAGAGGAAGCAUACAAUCUUACAGAUGGCUACCGCCUGCCUGCACUGAAGGUUUUAUACCAACUCUGGGUAGCACAAAGUUCAGAGUUCUUCAGAAGAUUAGCCCUGUUACUUUCUACAAAUAAUUCACCUCCCGGGCUUCUACUUACUCCAGAACUUUUGCCUCAUCGUAUUUUAUCUGAUGUGACUGAAGGUCUACCUCAUGCUCAUUCUGCCUGCUUGGAAGAGCUUAAGCGCAGCUAUGAAUUCCAUAGGUAUUUUGAAACCCAGCACCAAACAAUACCCCAGCGUUUAUCCAAAACCCAGAAGUCCAAGGAACUGAACAGCGUUCACACAGCAGUGCGCAGCUUGCAGCUCCAUCUGAAAGCAUUACUGAAUGAGGUGAUAAUUCUGGAAGAUGAACUUGAAAAGCUUGUUUGUACUAAAGAAACUCAAGAACUAGUGUCAGAGGGUUAUCAAAUCCUAGACCAGAAAUUAAAGUUGAUUGAGCCCCAUGUUCAAGCAAGUAAUAGUUGCUGGGAAGAGGCCAUUUCUCAAGUGGACAGACUGCUUCGAAGAAAUACAGAUAAUAAAGGCAAGACUGAAGGGGCCUGUGUAAAACCUCGCUGUGCAGUAAGCCCCCCAGCGCAGCCCUCUCUCCACAUUGCAGACAAAGAUCCCAUCCCCGAGGAGCAGGAAUUAGAAGCCUAUGUAGAUGAUAUGGACAUUGACAGUGAUUUUAGAAAAGACGAUUUUUGUUACUUGUCUCCAGAAGAUAAAGAGAGACAGAAACGUGAACAUGAAGAGUCUAAGAGGGUACUCCAGGAAUUAAAAUCUGUGCUGGGAUUCAAAGCCUGUGAGGCAGAAAGGCAGAAGUGGAAGCAGCUUCUCUUCAGUGACUAUGCUGUGUUGAAACCAUUGUCUCCUGUAGACCCAGUGGAACCCAUAAGUAAUUCAGAGCCAUCCGUGGAUUCAGAUAUGGGGAAAGUUGGCAAAAAUGAUACUGAAGAGGAAAAUAGUGAACCUUCCACCAGUGGCAAUGAAAUAAGUAGGACUGAGUAUCUCUGUGAAACUGCUCUAGAUGAUAACAAUAAGGACAGUUCUACAAGCGAACUCUUCCUCCAAGGGACUGAAGAAAGUGUGUGUUACCAAUGUGAGAGUGAAGAAGAAUCUCAGCAGGCAGAUAUAAGGGGCCUGGCCACUGCUCACUCGGCACCCAGGGACACUGUUCAGGCCUCCAUUAAGGAGAGGCUGGCACAACUACACUUGUCACCAGGUUUUACCUUCACUGCUGGCCUCGCUGCAGAAGUGGCUGCUAGAUCUCUCUCCUUUACCACCUUGCAGGAGGAACAAACUUUCGGUGAUGAGGCGGAAGAACAAAUAAUAGAAGAAAAUAAAGAUGAGCUAGAAGAAAAGUAAGAACCAAAAUUCACAUGAAGGAUUUUAUAUGUAAAAUGCCUUUUAUGAAUGUGUUUUUAGCUUCAUGGUAUACCACUAGAUAUGCCACUGGCAAGGGAAAGUAAGUGCAAGUUUACUAUAUCUAAAAACUAAGAUGUAAUUUAUAUCCAUCUGAUCUGAAUAGACACAACCUAGAAAUGGCAGGUCCAUAGGAAAAAUCAUGAAUGAUAAGGGCUAUGUUGAAUGAACCGCUGUUUAAUUUGCAGCACAACUGAUCGGUCUUGGAAAUUCUUGGAGUAUAUCUAAUAAGAAAUAAUAAUCUUAUCAUUUCUUGCCCGAAUUUGCUACCACAAAAUGACUGGGAUAAUUCUGAAGCAAGAAAGUGAACAGUUGACUUCUUUAUACUGUAUUCUUUCAGUUAAUAACUGCAGCCUGUUAUGUUAAUAACAAGUUGUUUGUAUUUUAUUUCCAUUUAUACCAAUCGUAAAGAUGCAGGCUCUGAAUAAAAAGAACUGAAUUCAUA